CUCAAACUCAGAUCAGCAGCUGUAGGAGUCGUUUGAACUCAACACCCUCAACAUUAAACACAGCAGAAGUGAAAAGAGUCGCCACGUAAAGGAAGUGAAGAAGAAGGAGAAGCUUUUUCUUAUUCCUGAUUUGGAAAAUUCUGAAGUUUUUAUUUCUACAAUAAUAACAAUAAAAAAGAGAGAGAGAGAGAGAGAGAGAGAGAGACUCAUCUAUCCAGCAAAAUACACUGGGAUCGACAACGACGCCACUAUUCCAGAAUACACUGGGAUCGACAACGACUCCACUAUUCCACCAACAGCCGCGCCCUAUUUAAGGAAGAGAGCGAGAGCAGAGCGGGCUCUCUCCCGACCAGAACACAUGUGUGUGGGAAAGCUUGCUACAGUGGUGCUGAGACCCGGGAUUGGAACACCGAAGCAGAACAGCCCCAUGGAGUCCUCCCCUUUCACCGAGCUGGUCCACGCCCUCGCCACGGCCCAGCAAAGCCAGCACCAGGUACUAGUCACCCUCCGGAAGGAACAGGAACAGCAGUUCGAGGGCCUGGUGCUGGCUCAGUAGGAAGAAUGACAGGCAUUCCGCCACCUCCUUGCAUCGGCAGGGUCCACCGCCGCGGGGCCGUCCCCCUUCACCCUGACAAAGAUGGGCCCGCAGGACGACCCCGAGGCCUUCCUCACAUUCUUUGAGCAGGUGGCAGAGACCUCGGGGUGUCCGAUGAAACAGCGCGCGGCGCGCCUCCUCCCCCUGCUAACGGGAGAGGAGCAGCUGGCUGUGCUACAGCUCCCCGCCAACCGCCGGCUGGCCUACGUGUACCUUCACAGGGCCAUCCUCCAGCGUGUGGGGCACACCCCCGAGCAACAACGGCAGCGCUUCCGCGCUUUGCGCUUGGAGGAAGUUGGUCGGCCGUUCACGUUUGGCCAGCAAGUCCGGGAUGCCUGCGGGCGGUGGUUGAGGGCCGACAACCGCGACACCGAGGUGAUCAUCGACCAGGUGGCGCUGGAGCAGUUCAUCGUGCGUCUACCAGCCGGAGGUGCAGAGUGGGUCCAGUGCCACCGACCGGCGUCGCUGGAUCAGGCAUUCGAGCUGGCGGAGGACCAUUUGGCGGCUGUCCCGAUGGUUUUUCACCUGCUAGCUUCGGCUUCAAGCUCCAAGCUUCUACUUCUGAUUCUACUUCUGAUUCUGGUUCUACUUCUACCUUUCCUUCUGGGAGAACCCACUACUACCACAAUUCUACUAUAACGUCAGUUCCACUGAAAACCAAUAAAAUACAAGACGAGUGGAAUCCUGUGUCCAAGUCCUUCCCUUUCAAGUGUGGGAAACCCUGAUGCUCACAUACACUUGACAGUGAAAAACCGCUGCACCAGUGCAUCAAACCGAAACCAGUGACCAAGAAGCAAGACUCCACUCGUGCCACAACCCAACAGAGAGGGAAGACACUUCACCUGGGGGCCUGGAGGAUAAAGCUUGAAGUCAUCUGGAAAAAAGAAAUGAAAUGGCGAAGUCAUUAGAAGAACUGAAAACAGAGCGAUCCACAGCCAAAAGACUUUUCUCCCAUCUUGCUAACUGCAUUGCAAGAACACACUCAGAGAUGACUGUGGAGGAGCUAAAGCAAAACUUCAACAAGCUUACAGCAGAAAGCUCGAGACUCAUGGAGGCGAACGAAGAGAUUGAGGGCCCCCUACAUGGCAGAAGCAGCCGCAGCCGCUGUAGAGGACCUGGGCGCCGAGAAGAAAGCCGACCUGGAGAAGAUAGAGGCAUACUGUAAGCAGAGGACUAAAGAAGCAAAGCUCCUAAUUCAACAAACACUCUGGGAAUCAUAUGGGGAGAAAGAGCUGCCCCUUGCUCUAUACAUCGCUGAAGCUGACUGCAAGAGCGUCUCCUCGGCCCAGCUCGACGUGACUCUGGAGGCAUAUGAGUUCAUGCUGAAGCACUUUGAGAUGUUGGUGCUGAAGGCAAAAAAAGCGCACCGUGACUGGAAAUGCUGGGCUCCUGCUGCAGAGCAAAGAGACUUUGAUCACCGCAUGACAGAGCUCGAAGUGCAACUUCCCCAGCUGGUGUCGCGCAAGGCCGCCUUCAUCAAAGCUGCAAAAAUCAAGACAGACUCUGAAGAGCCCACUGUCCACCGUACAGCUCCAGUGCCAGCAAUAAAGCUGAAAGCCACAGCCCUUCCAAAGUUUGCUGGCAACCAGCGAAGUUACUACAGGUGGAAGAAGGAGUGGGAAGCUCUACAGAAGCAGGGUGAACUGACAGGGUCUAGAGAGGUCAAGAAAUUCCAGCUGCUCGACAGCAUCGAUGAGAAGGUGGCCGGAAACCUAUGCCUGUCGACCUACAGCUCCUCAAACGAAAUCUUCAGAGUCCUGGAUAACCGGUUUGGGAACCAAGCCAACAUUGCUCUCGAGAUCAUUGAAGAUCUACAAGCAACUCCUGCAGUCAAAGCCGGCCAGCCAAGAAGAGUCAUCAAGCUCAUCCAAACAGUGGAAAAAGCUCUCUACGACUUAAAUGAACUGGACAAUGCCGAGGCCAUAAAGAACCCCAUUGUGACCAAAUCCAUUGAGGGCAAGCUUCCAGAAACUUUAAAGAAAGACUGGCUCACCUAUGCUGCUGACGUGAGUAAUGCUGUGGACCGUCACAACUGCUUUGACAAGCUGCUGGCUUACCUAAAGUCACAGGAAGCCAUAUAUGAGCAACUUGACCAACUGAAAGAUGGCGGUGAACCUGCCAAGGACAAGACCAAGUUCCUGAAGCAAGCCAGAACAAAAGCAACCAACAGUCCGGCAGUGUCAUCCAACAGUGAUGCAGCAGGCUGCAUCGUCUGUGGUGACCCAAAGCACAGAAGAAAACUGUACUUCUGCAGAAAGUUUAGAACCGACCUAAAGCCAUCGGAGAAGAGGGAUGCAGCACAACAACUCGGUGCCUGCAAAAGAUGCCUCGAAGUCCACACUGGUGAAAGCUGCAAGAAAACCACUUACCUGUGCGGGAAUCCAGAAUGCAAAGAUCAACACCACUUCCUCCUCUGUCCAGUUACCAGACCCCAGUCCCAAAGAACACCCAAGUUCAGUCCAGUGAGGGCUGAGGGCAGAAGACUCACUGACACCCAGGAGCAGUUCCUCUCCAAACUCACACCAGAGCUGGCACAACAGUGUCGAGAUGCCUUCUGCAACAUAGCGUCCAGGGCAUUCAACUCCAGUGCUGCUGAGAGAGGUCUUCUAGAUGAACACUGCCUCACUGAGUACCCAGUCAUCCUUAUGCUCCUCAAUGUCACUGCCAAUGACGGACAGAGUGUCGGGACCCUCAUCGACCUGGCAGCAGACACAAACUAAAUAACGCAC